AUGCUACAUGCUGUACAUGUUAGCGACUAUUCAAAGGAAAGGGCUGGGCUAGAUGAUACCCACUCUGAUUUCCUCCUCAAGAAGCUUAUACUACAGGCGCCGCAUAUCAAGGAGGCUUCACUGCAAACCACAUCUAAUCCUUCUGGCACCAUGCGUCCUCAUGACCCAAAACACAAGAAAGGCCUUCUAGUGGACGAUGGAAGCCUGAAAAACCCCCCUAUUGGCAAGCUCCAAAGACUACUAUGGCCCCUCAAAAGCAAAAUGACAGCCCAUCAGUUCCAGGAGUGGCAAAUGGUUACGGAUUUCAGCCUUCUAAAAGCAUGGACUAUUGGCUGUGUUGAAGAUCCAGCACUACUCCAGGCUAUCACGGAUAUCCACCCUUUCGAACGACUGACUCGACUUACUCUUUUUCUAGUCAAACAGGAAGAGGAUGACGCUCUAGAAUUCUGGCGUUCUGCGGAGUCUAUGUUUAAGUCUCUACCUCCGUUGACCUAUCUUUAUUUACUAGGAUCUUUUACUCCUACCUUUUUCAAUCAUGGAGUCCUAGCCAAACAUGGAUCAACUCUAGAGGAACUGAGAUUAUACAAUGGUCCAGGAAACAGUCAAGAUAUCACUAGACUUUCAUUCAAACUUGAAAGACAAACCGGAAGACAAAUUGCGCCCGCAUUUUCGUCUGAUGAUAUUUCAGAGCUCGCAAGCCAGUGCCCGUCCCUACAGAAGCUAUUCAUCUGUGCGCAAGAAUCUCAAGGUCCCGGGAGAGAAGUCUGGGAUGCAUUGGGCCAGUUUCCAUCCCUUCAGGAGCUCGACUUGACGCUGAAAUGCUCACCGGAGAUGGACGACAACAUGAUGCCGGUCCCGCCGCGUAAGUUGUCGGAGUUUGAAGAGGGUAUUGUCAAGCAAUUUCGUGAUUCUUGCCGGAGAUGGUUUAUUCGGGACUGCAUUAAGAACUGCUGUAUCAACGAGGGUCUGGCGCGGGCAUUCUUCACGCAUAUUCGCGAAUGUCAGGAUGCAAAACGCUUCACCGGGCUGGUCAUUCGCCCUCUUUAUAAUACGGUGCCUGGCCAUCAUUAUUUCCACAGCCUGGCUCUUACGUGGACGAUUAAAUUAGAUGCUCUAACAGGCCUGCAUGCAACAUCCGAAAAGACGUCGAACUCCCAAGUUAUGAAAACGCGGACUGGGUUUGAAGCUGAGAUGAUAUCGAUUUUUGAAUCGAUCUGA